AUGACAUCAUUUUCAAAGAAUUCUCCGGAGCCGAUUCAACCGAUACUACUUGGGGAAUCUCCCAAGCAAGCUCCAAAGGCAAUGGACAAUAUCCCUCUCGUUCCACAAGUUUCUCCCGUACCGGCACCCUAUCCCCAAAGAUUGAAAGCACCAACGAAUGUCGCGGCCAAUGCGGAAAUAUAUGAGCUUUUCAAACAAGUGAAGAUCAACAUUCCAAUCAUGGAUGCUAUCAGCCAAGUUCUUGAAAGACUUGUGUACACAAAAGCGCAAGGUCAACGUCCAACAGAAAGUCUUUCUCACCGAACAAUCUACGAAAAGCUUGGCUUAAAGGAGAUGAAACCUACUCAAGUCACAUUACAAAUGGCGGAUAGAAGUGUCCGCAUUCCAAGGGGCGUCAUGGAGGAUGUUUUGGUACAAAUGGACAACUUUGUGUAUCCGGUGGAUUUUGUGGUGUUGGACACUUGCCCCAUGGCUUCUUCUCCAACUUUGACCCCCGUUAUUCUCGGACGGCCAUUCUUAGCCACCUCGGAUUCCGUCAUUAAUUGCCGGAGUGGUCUCGUGAACAUGACUUUCGGGAAUAUGAAGAUGGCUGUUAACGUUUUUCAUGUUGGAAGUCAAAUGGGAGAUGAUGACGAUGUUCAAGCUAUCAAAUGUAUCGACUCAUUAGUUCAAAAUCAUGCUUUAGAGGUGUGUCUUACUGCUGAGGAAGCUGACUUUUUAGAAUCGCUGGAGGUUGACUAUCUUUGCUCUUUACUAGAUGAAGAGGAAGUCUGUGGGGCAGAACCGUGGAUUCCUACAUUUGAGAAGUUGCCACCCAUUGAGAGAAAGACUUUGCCGUCUAGUGUUGAGCCACCUAAACUUGAUUUGAAGCCCCUACCUGACACUUUGAAGUAUGCCUACCUUGGCGACAACGAAACUUUUCCGGUGGUGAUAUCCUCCACUCUUGAGAAUCAUCAAGAUUUGAAGUUGCUCGCACUAUUAAGGCAGCACAAGAAGGCUAUUGGAUGGACCAUAGCUGAUAUUCAAGGAAUUUCUCCCUCCCUUUGCACACAUCACAUUUAUCUUGAAGAUAAUGUAAAGCCGUCGCGCCAACCACAACGACGGCUGAAUCCUAUAAUGAAGGAUGUGGUUCGAGCAGAGGUGUUAACGGUUGUGAAAAAUGACCAAGAUGAGCUUGUGCCAACCUGGACUGUCACCGGGUGGCGAGUUUGUAUUGAUUACCGCAAGCUGAAUGCGGUAACCCGAAAGGAUCAUUUCCCUCUUCCGUUCAUCGAUCAAAUUUUAGAAAGGGUAGCUGGCUAUGCCUUUUAUUGCUUUCUAGACGGCUAUUCUGGGUAUAACCAGAUCGAGGUUGCCAUGGCUGACCACGAAAAGACUACGUUUACUUGCACAUUCGGGACUUUCGCUUAUAGGCGCAUGCCGUUUCGGCUUGUGCAUCCUCCUGACACUUUUUCAAGGUGUAUGAUGGGUAUUUUUAGUGACAUGGUGGAGAAGAUUGUCGAGGUCUUUAUGGACGAUUUCUCAGUAGUUGAAGACUCUUUUGAGUCAUGCAUCGUGUUGGGCCAUAUCGUCUCAUCAAAGGGCAUUGAAGUUGACAAGUCAAAAAUUGAUCUCUUUGCCAACCUCCCCACUCCCAAAUGCAUCAAGGACAUCUGUUCCUUCCUCGGGCAUGCCGGUUUCUACCGAAGAUUCAUCAAAGACUUUAGUGCCAUCUCUCGGCCAUUAUGCCAUCUUCUUUUGAACGACGUCCCUUUUAAGUGGACAAAUGAUUGUGAGGAAGCGUUUCGGAAGCUCAAGUUGAGUCUUACAACUCCACCUAUUGUACAAAGUCCUGAUUGA